AUGAAUCACUUCAACCUCCAUUCCCAUCACUCCACGCAAAUAAAUCACUCGACAUACAGUGUUGGCGCGAUCUCGAAUGCCUCUGCGACAACUGCCCUGGAACAUCAACAGCACCAUCACCACCUCAACUCAGGUGACAACAGGGACCAUGUCCAACAUGCGGAUAUCGCGUUGGGAUUCGUCGAUAUCUAUCAGUCAUUGACACCGAGACAAGUUGGAGUGAUCGCGGUCGGGUCGGCCAUCGGAACAGGGCUUAUGAUUGGGACAGCGAGGGCUCUUACAAUGAGUGGUCCAGCUGCCAUGGUGAUAUCGUAUACAUUUGUUGGGUUCGCGGUUUACCUGGUCUUACUGGCUUUGGGCGAAGUCGCUGCUUGGUUACCUCGACCUUAUACAGUGGCAGAUCAAGCUGUGCGAUUCGUGGACCCAGCUCUAGGAUUUAGUCUAGGUUGGAUAUACUGGCUCAAAUAUGCGAUUGUCACUCCGAACCAGCUUACAGCUGCAGCUCUGGUUAUUUCAUAUUGGAUUGACCCCCAGUGGAUCAACCCUGGAAUUUGGAUCACAGUCUUCCUCACCGUUAUCACUCUUCUAAACUUUCUUCAUCAUAGACUACCGAGCCAAGUCGAGUUUUACGUUUCAUCAUUCAAGCUUCUCGUCAUGUCCGCUUUGAUGAUUCUCUCACUAGUCAUUGCGCUGGGUGGAGGGCCAGAUCAUGAUCGCCGAGGAUUUAGAUACUGGAGCCAGUCGGGGGAAUUCAAUACGCUCGGCUCUCAUGUGAACCGCACCUUGCUCGAGAAGUUUCUCGAGAUCUGCGCGACGAUGUCAUCGGCUACAUUCGCUUUUAUUGGAAGUGAACGGUCGGGAAUCAUGGUCAAGUCUCCGAAUGUACGAAAAGCAAUCUCCCGCGCUAUCAAACACACUUUUUACCGUGUGCUGGUUUUUCAUCUACUGGGAAUCACGCUCCUUGGUAUGCUUGUCCCGCGAAACUCGAGCGCAUUAUCGUUUUCCGGAGAACCUGGCAAAAGACCUGGACGUGGUUCUGCGGCUUCUCCAUUCGUCGCUGCUAUCUACUUGUCCGGAAUAGCAAUUGUACCAGACGUAUUGAACGGAUGCAUUCUCCUCUUCGUACUUUCCAUUGCGAAUUACGACCUCUACCUCGCUACAAAAGCAAUGUGCGACCUCUCACUCAAACACCGCGCUCCCUCUUUCCUCCUCCGAACCAACCGCCGAGGCGUCCCCGUCUACGCCUUAGGAGUUUGUUCCAUCGUCGCCACACUGGCUUACGUCAACGUAACCAAAGACUCCAGAAUCGUCUUCGGAUACUUCGUCGACAUGACCACCAUGCUCGGUAUCCUAGUCUGGGUCUCCAUCCUAAUCACACACAUCGCCUUUGUCCGAGCGCGCAAAGCCCAAGGUAUCCCCGAAGAUACACUUACUUUCCGUGCUCGCUUCGGUCUUGCCGGUACCUGGCUAGCCCUAUUCCUCUGUCUUUUCAUCUCGGUCACUCUGGUUGUUGGCUCUUUUCGGUUUAACCAGGAGGGCAAGCUAAUGUUCAAUUUCCGAGCUGUUGUGGCUACAUACGUUGGACUCCCGAUUUACUUAAUUUUGAUCAUCGGGUACAAAUUGGUUAUGCGUACUAAACGCGUGAAUCCUAAAGAGGCAGAUAUGUGGACUGGGAAGCUGGAUGUUCGUCUGACUCGUCCGGGGGCUAUAGAGAUCGUUGUAGCAUAA